UUUGCAAGAUUGAUUACCAUUUGGACGCAGCAUUAAGACAGGCUCCUGGCAAAGUUACGUCGAACUGUAACUUUGCCAGCUUCACAUUCUCUGGACAGUUGAUCGAUUCAUUACUGUAUCGGCUAUUUAAGCCAGUUGACGGAGAUGCCAUCCACUUUGAUCUUGGAGGCAAGGUUGCUACAUUUUCUAUAUUUGAGUUUGCCCUUAUCACUAGAUUGAGAUAUACGAGCGAAAAGGCAGCGAGGGCCACUAUUUCGACAGACAAGAGGCUGGUGAGUGAUUAUUUUAAUGGGCACACGACAGUGACACUGCCGCAGUUAGAAGAUGCAUUCAGGGGAUGCAACCAGAUGUCCGACAAGUUGAAGUUGGGAAUGGUGUUUAUACUAGAGAGUGUAUUGAGGUGUCAUCACAGGAAAACGUCGAUUGACGUUUUUUAUUUGCAAGUUGUUGAUGACAUCGAUAUGUUCAACAGCUAUCCUUGGGGGGAGAGACUCUUUGUCGAUACUUUACACAUCUUCAAGAGGGGAUAUUCGAUGCCUAGGGAAGAUAGGUCGGAGCGUAAUUACAAUGUAUAUGGCCUGCCGUUAGCUUUGUAG